AUGCCGGCGGCGAGUCGAAAUAGCAUCGGCGGCGGCAGGGGAUUCGGCAUAAACGACGACGUGGACAUCCUGACGGAGGUGCUGAAGCGGCUGGACGGGAGGUCAGUGUGCGUGGCGGCGUGCGUGUGCCGGCAGUGGAGCAGCAUUGCCCGCAAGGACUCCGUGUGGGAGGAGCUCUGCUUCCGCCACGUGUCCCCCGGGGUCCGGCCGGUGGUGGUGGCGCUCGGGGGAUACAAGCGCCUCUAUAUGGUGUGCGUGCGGCCCCUGCUCAAACGCAUGACCCUGGCCCGGCCGGAUGAGGUGCAGCUCUCCCUUUCGCUCUUCUGCGUCCAUUACUACGAGACCCUCGCCGGGAGUGGGCCACCAUCGUCGCUCAUGUUUCUCUGCAACCCGGUUAACGUUUGA